GUGUCUUGUUUUAGACUUGUUAGUGAACACACACACAUAUCUCAGAAAGACUAAUUUUGGAAAUGGAACAAGGAAGACCGGUUCGUGGAGGGAGAAGGGUGGCAGGGAGAGGGCGGAUACGUGGAGGAAGACAAAGAAGACAAAGAGCUGUUAUUUCAGAUGAAAUAAGGUCUACACUUAUAGACCAUGUCCUGAACCAUGGUCUCUCAUUGAGAGAGGCAGGGUUGAGGGUGCAACCCAAUCUGCAAAGAUCCACAGUGGCAUCUGUAAUGCGAAUUUUCCAUCAUACAAACAGACUGACUUUAGAUCAGAAGAUGAGUGAUUUGGAGGAAGAGGAGGAUGGAGCAGAGUCUGUAGUAUCUGACUGUCUGUCAAUGAAGAGUGAUUUUUCCAAAGACGAACCUCCAUUCUUCAGUAAUGAACCUGGACCCUCAGACACAAAACUGACUUUAGAUCAGAAGAUGAGUGAUUUGGAGGAAGAGGAGGAUGGAGCAGAGUCUGUAGUAUCUGACUGUCUGUCAAUGAAGAGUGAUUUUUCCAAAGACGAACCUCCAUUCUUCAGUAAUGAACCUGGACCCUCAGAUACAAAAGAGCGGAAGAUGAGUGAUGUUUCUGUGGAGGAGCAGCGGUCUAGAUCUAGAACAAGAGCUGAACUGCAGACAGCCGGUCAGACCAGCACUGUACAAAUGAGAUGUGGUCUGCAGAACCAGCAUGAACAUAAGAUCUAUCUGAAGAGGACAUGUGAGCAUGCAACGGAAGGAGCUCAUAAAACAUGUAGUGAAACUCCCCUCAACAGGAUCUACAAUGAGCUCUACAUCACAGAGGGAUGGAGUGAAGAGGUUAAUACCCAGCAUGAGGUGAGGCAGCUUGAGGCGGCUUCCAAGAUCCUCCAUGACACUCCAAUCAAGUGCAGCGUUAUCUUUAAAGCCUUAUCUGGCCAACAGAAACACAUCAUAGUCGUUCUGACGAUCGGCGUUGCUGGUGUUGGAAAAACCUUUUCCGUGCAGAAGUUCUCUCUGGACUGGGCCGAGGGUUUGGAAAACCAAGAUAUCAGUUUGGUGAUUCCGCUUUCGUUCAGGGAGCUGAACUUGAUCAAAGAUGAGCAGUACAGUCUUCUGGAGCUGCUCCAUGUUUUCCAUCCAGCAUUGCAGACGGCCACAGCAGAGCAGCUUGCUGGCUGGAAAGUUUUGUUCAUCUUUGACGGCCUGGAUGAAAGCAGACUUUCACUGGAUUUCAACAACAAUGAGGUUGUGUCUGAUGUCACGCAGAACUCAUCGGUCAACUUGCUGUUGACAAACCUCAUCAAGGGGAAGCUGCUUCCCUCGGCUCUCGUCUGGAUAACUUCCCGACCUGCAGCAGCCAAUCAGAUCGUUCCUGCAUUUGUUGACAGGGUAACAGAAGUACGAGGCUUCACUGACGCCCAGAAGGGGGAGUACUUCAGGAGAAGAGUCAGUGAUGAAGAGUUGUCCAGCAGAAUCAUCUCCCACAUCAAGACAUCCAGGACCCUCCACAUAAUGUGUCAGAUCCCAGUCUUCUGCUGGAUCACUGCUACAGUUCUUGACCACAUGUUGACUACAGACCAGAGAGGAGAGCUGCCCAAGACCCUGACUGACAUGUACUCACACUUCUUGCUGGUUCAGACAAAGAGGAAGAAGCACAAGUAUUCUGAGGGACAUGAGAUGAGUCCACAGGAGCUGUCAGAGUCUGACAGGGAAGUUCUUCUAAAGCUGGGGAGGCUGGCAUUUGAACAGCUGGAGAAAGGAAACAUCAUUUUCUACCAGGAAGACCUGGAGCGCUGUGGUCUUGAUGUCUCAGAGGCCUCGGUGUACUCAGGAGUUUGUACACAGAUCUUCAAAAGAGAGAAUGCGAUCUUCCAGAAAACAGUCUACUGCUUCGUUCAUCUGAGUGUUCAGGAGUUUCUGGCUGCAGUCUACCUGUUCCACGGGUACACCAACAGGAACAAAAAGGUACUCAAGGACUUCCUGGGGAAAGACUGGAAAUCAAAGAACAGUGACUUAUCUAUGGAUGUUUUCUUGAUGAAAGCCAUGGAUAAAUCCCUGAAAAGUAAAAAUGGCCACCUGGACCUCUUUGUCCGUUUCCUUUAUGGCCUCUCUCUGGAGUCCAACCAGAGCCUCUUAGGAGGCCUGCUGAGACAGACAGACAACAGUACAGAAAUCAUCCAGCGAGCCAUCACCAACCUGAAGAAAAAGAGAACCAAAACCUCUCCUGACAGAAGCAUCAACAUCUUCCACUGUCUGAUGGAGAUGAACGACCACUCAGUCCAUCAGGAGAUCCAAGAGUUCCUCAAGUCAGAGAAUAGAUCAGAGAAGAAACUCUCUAUGAUCCACUGCUCAGCUCUGGCCUACAUGAUGCAGAUGUCAGAGAAGGUUCUGGAUGAGUUGGACCUGCUGAAGUACAACACAACAGCUGAGGGACGACUGAGACUGAUUCCAGCUGUGAGGAACUGCAGAAAGGCUGUACUUUCUCAUUCUCAACUUUCUGAGACUCACUAUGAAGUUGUGGCCUCAGCUCUGAAGUCUAACCCCUCCCAUCUGAGAGAGCUGGACCUGAGUAGGAACUACAACCUGCAGGAUUCAGAUAUGAAGCUGCUGUGUGCUGGAUUGGAGAGUCCACACUGUGGACUGGAGAAUCUGAGAUUGAGUCAUUGCAGUUUGUCAGAAAUCAGCUGUGCUCCCCUAGCCUCAGCUCUGAAGUCCAACCCCUCCCAUCUGAGCGAGCUGAAGCUGAAUUACAACAAGCUGCAGGAUUCAGGAGUGAAGCUGCUGUGUGGUUUUCUGGAGAGUUCACACUGUAGACUGGCGACUCUCAGAUUGAGUCAGUGCAGUUUGUCAGAGAUCAGCUGUGCUGCCCUGGCAUCAGCUCUGAAUGCCAACCCCUCCUAUCUGAGAGUGCUGGAGCUGAGUUACAACAAGCUGCAGGAUUCAGGAGUGAAGCUGCUGUGUGGUUUUCUGGAGAGACAACACUGUAGACUGGAGACUCUGAGAUUGAGUUACUGCAGUUUGUCAAAGAUCAGCUGUGCUCUCCUGGCCUCGGCUCUGAAGGACAACCCCUCCCAUCUGAGGGAGCUGGACCUGAGAUACAACAUCAAGCUGAAGGAUUCAGACAUGAAGUCAGUAGAGGGUUGGAGUUAGUCCAUGCUGGUUUCAGCAGUAUUGAACGAUACACAGUUAGUAUCAAAGCAAAGAUCCAGUAUUUCCUGUAAACCUCCAACCUUCUCAGUGAAGCUGUGAGAGGACAAUGGUGACACAGAGAGAAAACAGUCAGCCAAUCAAAUAAGCCAGACGCUUGUUGUGAUCAUGUGUUAGAGUUGAUGUGAAGAAGACUGUUGAUGUUGUGUUCAUGUCCACAGGAAAACAAGCUUGAUUACAGCUGACACACACAUGUCAAAACAUGUACAGCAACAGCAAACUAUCCAACCAUCAAAUCUGAUCUCAAAGUAUUUGUUCUCUCACUGCAACACUAAACAAAUGAUCAGGUCAUCUUUGUCACAACUAUGAGAUCAGUCUGAUAUAGUGGUGUAACGGACCAUUGUUGAUCUCUUUGUAAAAUGCAAUCUGAUUAUUCCCAGGAUUUAGAGAGUCCGCCGCUUCGUCAUGACCCCGCAGUGCUGUUUCACAUUUUCCACACAGUUUAAUACAUGUUAUGAUCCGACUGAGCACGUACCUGUUUGCCUCCACCUGUUUGUUAUGUUGCUCAAUGGAACACCUGUACGCACUGCCAAUUUGGGCAGCGACAUUUACCCUUAUAAGUAAGCCCAACUUCAUAGCAUUAUCCAGAUGACUCCCGUUGUGAUCUGUUUCAAAUCUGUAUAAUCUGUCCUCGACCAACCCGUCCAUCUCCCCCAAAUAGGAGAAGGAAAAAGGAAAGGAAACAGAAGAGUGACUUCUUUUGUAUGCGAACAGUUAGCCACUUUUUUUUUUUCAAACCACUCCAUAUUAAACUUGCGGUUACUUUAAAAAAAAUAAAAUCCUAACAUGAAUGAAAUGCAAUUUAGGAAGAUGUUAUAUUCAUAGAAGAUAAUACAUUAUAAGAGAUAAUCUUCAAGAAAUUACACAAUUUGUUUGCUGUUCUUUCUGUUGACAGGGCUUUGCUCCACCUGCCCCUGAUGACCAGUCGCCACUGAUAAAUACAAAAGUACCAAAGCGGCAGCAACUUGUCUGCAGGAGCGAGCAUCAAGCCAAGAGGGCUAGCAAAGCAGGGUAGCAUAUCCUAACUUGUUAGCCUUCGCUAGCUUGGUAACUUCAAGCUACAUACCUCUCAAGUCUCACGCAUUGGGCGUGAGACACACGCAUUUCAACCCGUUCACACGCUCACACGCCACACCUUGUAUUUCUCACGCAGAUAAAUUACCAGGAUAACGCCCACCAGGUUGCGCUGCUAUUUUUUAAACAGUGGAACAGUUAGAGGAAUCAAGUGAGUUCCCCCAUAGAGUUCAGAAGGCCCUGCCACGCACCAGCUGAGUGAGUGCGGAUUUCAAGUUGCGGAUUUCGUCGACAAGUGUACUCGCCCUGUUGUUUAUCUGGUUGCUAUGACUUCGCGAGUGAUGACGUCCUGUCACUGUUCCAGUUGAGGGGAGAGAGAGAGGAUGACAGAUCGCUUGAGUUCAGUAGAGCACACGGCUCUGUAGAGUCAUGGAAUUAUGACUUUAUAUACUACAUGUACAUAGCGGAAACCCUUUUGUGCGUCUGCCCUAUUUCUGAUACUGUGGCGGCAGAAAUCAACAUAGAGGAAACACUGGGUGGCUUUUGCGCCUAUUAUUAUUAGGCCCGAGCACGAAAGUGCAAGGCCCCAACGGUGCCUUGCACUGAAAGUGCGAAGAAAC